GAGCCGGGUCUCGGCGGGGCGGAGGGGGUUGCACUGCGGUAAUAUGGCUCUUCCUUGAGCCCGCGGCGGCGGCGGCGGCGGCGGCCGGAGCGCGGCUGGAGCAGCCCUGCCUCGCAGGUGGCGGCUUCCUCGGCCGCAGGGGCUCGGCGGGUCGUGGCGAGGCGGCGGUGGCGGAUGUCGCAGGAGCGUGGGCCCCGCCGCUGGGCGGCCCCGGGCUCCAGAUGAGCGCCUCAGCGUCUGUCGGGGGCCCGGUCCCCCCGCUGCCCCCGGGCCCGGCCGCCGCGCUGCCUCCCGGCUCUGCCGCGCGGGCCCUGCCUGUGGAGCUGCGGUCCCAGCAGAGACGUCUGAGACAUCUUCGGAACAUCGCUGCCCGCAACAUUGUUAAUAGAAAUGGCCACCAGCUGCUUGAUACCUACUUCACACUUCACUUGUGUAAUACUGAAAAAAUAUAUAAAGAAUUUUAUAGAAGCGAAGUGAUUAAGAAUUCCUUGAAUCCAACGUGGCGGAGUCUUGAUUUUAGAAUAAUGCCGGAUCAUCUUGAUACAUCUGUGUCUUGUUUCGUGGUGAAGAUAUGGGGUGGAAAGGAGGACGUCUACCAGCUGUUGAUUGAAUGGAAAGUCUAUUUGGAUGGGCUGAAAUAUUUGGGUCAGCAGAUUCAUGCCCGCAACCAAAAUGAAAUAAUUUUCGGACUGAAUGAUGGCUACUAUGGUGCUCCAUUUGAACAAAAGGGUUAUUCAAAUGCUCACAAGAAUAUUCUUCAGGUGGACCAGAACUGUGUUCGUAAUUCUUAUGAUGUCUUCUCUUUGCUGCGGCUUCAUAGAGCCCAGUGUGCAAUUAAACAGACUCAGGUAACUGUUCAGAAAAUUGGAAAGGAAAUUGAAGAAAAACUAAGACUCACAUCUACAAGCAAUGAGCUGAAAAAAGAAAGUGAGUGCUUGCAAUUAAAAAUUUUGGUGCUUCGGAAUGAAUUGGAAAGACAAAAGAAAGCUUUGGGACGAGAGGUGGCAUUACUGCAUAAGCAACAAAUUGCGUUACAGGACAAAGGAAGUGCAUUUUCCACUGAGCACCUCAAGCUUCAACACCAGAAGGAAUCCUUAAAUGAUUUGAGAAAGGAAUGCACUGCAAAAAGAGAACUCUUUCUGAAGACUAAUGCUCAGUUGACAAUUCGGUGCAGGCAGUUACUGUCAGAACUUUCUUACAUUUAUCCUAUCGAUUUGAAUGAGCAUAAGGAUUACUUUGUAUGUGGUGUCAAGUUGCCCAAUUCUGAAGACUUCCAAGCAAAAGAUGAUGGAAGCAUUGCUGUGGCCCUUGGUUAUACUGCACAUUUGGUGUCCAUGAUUUCCUUUUUCCUACAAGUGCCCCUCAGAUACCCUAUAAUUCAUAAGGGAUCAAGAUCAACAAUCAAAGAUAAUAUCAAUGACAAACUCACUGAAAAGGAGAGAGAGUUUCCAUUAUACCCAAAAGGCGGUGAGAAGUUGCAGUUUGAUUAUGGAGUCUAUCUUCUGAACAAAAAUAUAGCGCAGUUAAGAUAUCAACAUGGAUUAGGCACUCCAGACUUGAGACAAACCCUUCCCAACCUGAAAAACUUCAUGGAACAUGGACUGAUGGUCAGGUGUGACCGACAUCACACCUCCAGUGCAAUCCCCGUGCCAAAGAGACAAAGCUCCAUGUUUGCGGGUGCAGACAUGGGCUUCUCCGGGGGGAUCCCGUCACCUGACAAAGGACACCGAAAGCGGGCCAGCUCCGAGAACGAGAGACUCCAGUACAAAACGCCCCCUCCCAGUUACAACUCUGCCCUGGCCCAGCCUGCACCCGCCGUCCCCUCCACAGGCGAGUCAGAGAGGAAGGUGGCAGGCCUCUCCUCCUCCUUGGAUGCCUCCUUGGACUUCUCCAAAGAAAACCAGAAAAGGGAUGUGGAUUUGGGUGACAGCGUGAACGAUGGCCACGUGAGCGCAGGUACUGGCCAGGAGCCCGGAGCCACCCUCUCUGGGCACCCAGCGACCGUCAAUGGCACGCUCCUGCCCGGCGAGCACGCCGGCGCCACCGAGGCCCAGCUGCUCGGGGAGUGCCACCCCAUCUCAGGAGCUGAGCUCUGCUGCGCCGUGGAGCAGGCGGAAGAAAUCAUCGGGCUGGAGGCCACGGGUUUCACCUCAGGUGACCAGCUAGAAGCCUUUAGCUGCAUCCCCGUGGACAGUGCUGUGGCGGUGGAGUGUGACGACCAAGUCCUGGGGGAAUUCGAAGAGUUUUCCCGAAGGAUCUAUGCACUGAAUGAGAACGUGUCCAGCUUCCGCCGGCCACGCAGGAGUUCUGAUAAGUGAGCAGCCGCCGUCCGACCCAAACCACGUCGCUGCCUAAAACGGAAGAUGACACUGCACUGAGUAGAAUUAUGACACAAAAUGAAUACGAACGGAGGAUAUUCCUCAGAGGAAAAAAAAAAGGACUUUGUGGAUCAAGGAGGGACUCAGGAUCAUUGUGUAUUAGCGGGCCAGACCAAGUCAGAUUUGCUCGUGAGAUUUUGCUUUUUCAGGCCCGGUGAUUUCUUUUAAGGCACAGGUGGCGCUCAAGCUUGAGUCACCUUCCAGAUAUCAGUCUGCUUUUUUUUUUUUUAAUCAUUUCUAUGUUAUCCUCAGAGGGAAGAUGGUAAUAUAUAAAUAAUAUAACGAACUCACUUUUCAUUUCUCCGAAGCAUUUGCCCUCGCCAUAAGCUUUGGGAAAAUUGAAAAUUCAGAAAAAAAAAUGUGGUUUUUACCAUUCAUUGAAGGAUUUUUUGGUCAUCCAUUUGGUUGAUGAAUAAGAAGCACAAGGAUCUCCUGUAGCCCAGCGCGUCGGCCCCGUCCUCAGUGCAUCACAGUGGCCUGGAUGGAGGUCUGUCCUGAGAACGAAGGUCACGGACCCCUCACCUCCCCUGGUCAGCCAUGGCCUCGAGGAGCCCGUAAUUCAGAUGAAAAACUUCUCUACCGCCUGGAAGGCCCCUCCAGGCUCGUGGCCCAGGACGCCCAGCCUCCAGUGGGGGUCUCAGUUUGUCUGUGGACUGAUGCUGCAGUCAGGAAGUAGGCACGCUCUCUGGCACUGCACGGACCAGACACAAAUCCCCGUAUGCAAAUCCGACGUUAAUUUAUUCCAUCUGAGCUGGAAAGAAAGGCAUUGCGUAUGGAGAGUCAGGCUGUCCAGGUGCAGACGGCAGGGCCGCAGAGAGAGUUGGAUUAAGAGACUGGAUGAAGCAUAGAAAUUUACUGGUCUAUGUGCAAUUGCUUAAAUAUUAAAUUAUGUUUUUGAAGUCCAAUUAUCAUUCCUGGAGCUCAGAUUUUUAUUUGCUGUUGCUUUAUACUUUAUACACCCAAGGACAUCGCCUCAGGGUUGCAAGCUCUUUAAGGAAACUUUAUCCACAUAUCCUGUAUUGUAUAGAAGAAUAAAAAUGGAGUUUAUGUCACUCGA